GACUUGCCCGCCCGAGUCGGUCGCGUACUCAUGAUCCAGACACAUCCGGCCAGAUGAGCUUGGGCUGCGAUGCACCAAAAUCCAACUGGAUCUGACCAUGACCCCAACCCAAUCUCGUCUCUCUCUUCAUCGCCACCAACCUUCAUCACCUUCAUUCAUUCACCCACCCCAUCACUGAACCAUCAUCCCCGACUCAUUUCUCCAUCGCGCCGUCACCCUUUCCUCGCCCUGUCAUCAAACAAUGCCGUCAACCCCUUGAAUGGUUCAUUUUUGGUGACACCACCAAAGCCAUCCCAGCACGACCUCGACCAAAUCUUCAACCGCGCGACCGACAAACUCGUAACACAUUGGCAGUGACUGUUGCCAAACAGACCUUUUCCUCGCCAACCAAAUUCUAGACCAGACCUGUUGUUAGGCGAUGGGGACUGCGGGCGACCGAGACAGGUAAAAAUUUCGACAACAGGCGGGUGAUUCACCACAAAGCCUCUUGUAGAGGGAAACACCCCACAAAUAGCUAUAUCUCAAAGACGCCAAACCAAAGCCCGUAAGCAAGUCAUCGCCAACAAUGUCGGGAUCAACACCCUACACUGCUCGUUCGCCAACGCAGUCAAAUCAGUACCCACCCUACUCACCAACCCACCCAUCUCGCCCCUACUACGGACAUGAACCCUAUCAAAUAUCUCCUCAUAACAUCCUCCAAACUCCUCCUCCGUUCGCCCCUGUUUCCCUCGUACAAAGUCCACACCAUCCCAGGCCACCAAGUUUGGCUUCACCCUUGGCCGCAGCAAACCCUUUACCACCUCCUCCACCCGCGCCUCUAGGCGUUGGACCUCCUUAUCAACCACUCACUUCUAGUCCACCCUACAAUCUGCAAAGAUCAUAUUCAGGACAUUUGGUCCACCAGAGCAUGCCUGCGUUUGACGGCACUCCCACUCACGCGCAUCCCUCUGGUCAAACCAGUCCUGUUUUGCAGUCUCCUCUAAGAGAACAUCAUGCUGUGACCAACGGAAGGGCUACUGAAACAUCGACAUCAGACUCUCGCCCUCAAUCGAAAGAGAAAUCCGAUAGGGCAAGCAAUCCAAUGUCUUUCGCGAGUAUCCUCGGACCAUCCAACAACGACCCUUCCCCGAAAGCUUCGGAACCUCCCAAGCUAUCUCGACCAGUCACUCCUCCAACAAAGCCCGUGGACGACAUCAAACCUGCCACGACCACAAGGCCUUUGACGCCUGAGCCUCCUCGCAUUACUACCUCGCGUCCUUUUAUCAAUGGCGACUCAAAGCCGCACGCCAAGAUCCAUACCAGGACAUCAAAGCAAAACUUACACGUCGCGCCAAUGAAGCCACGCAAAGUUGCCACAGAUGCUGAAGCCGACAGGAUCAUCAAGUUCAUGGCAACCAUUGAGGAUCAAGAUCUGAGCGACCUCGAAGAUCCCAAGUUCCGCGAGAUGGAAGAGCAUUACAAGCGCACCAGCUUGAAAAGAGCCGCCGACAUUGAAGAGGCAGAAUCAGUCAAGCGCAAGCGUCGUCGAACGUUUUAUCUCGACAGCCUGAUAAAGUCCUUUGACCAUCACGCCAUUAAUUCACAGCACCGCUUCCGAGAGCGAUUUGAGCCCAUCGCCGCCAAAGAGAUCGCCGAUAAAGAUCAUCAAAGCGAAAAGGAGAGAAAGAAAGACAUGCAAAGAAAACGUCGUCGGGAACAACAGCUUCGCAAUGAGACUAUUAAGUUGGAAGAACUUGAGCAGCGCGCCCGGGAUGCUGAGGAUCAAGAAGAGGCACAGAAGUUUCUCCGACAAGCUGAAAAAUCCCAACAGCGGAUUCGACAAACUUUCGAGUUGCUUGAGGGUGUGCCUGCGCAGGACGACAUUGAAGUUCCUGCACCUGCUCCCAACUACGAAGGAGGUAUCACCUCAUCGUUCCAACUCGGUUCACCAGAACCUGGUGAACCUCCCAAGAAGAAGUCAAAGAAGGAUGGAACUGCCGCUCGACCUAAGAAAUCGAAGGCCCAGAAACAGGCCGAAAAGGACUCGGCAGAAGCUGCAUAUGCUGCGAUGAACGCGGACACAGAUCAAUCACCGUCACUUGUCGCGAUCGCGCCACGGGAAGAUGUCAAGGGCCCCACCAUCUCCAUCAAGUUGAAGAAAACUAAAGAGCCCAAAGAGCCCAAAGAGCCCAAAGAGCCCAAGGAGAGUAAAGAGGCUGCUGCGCUUCCGGCAGGCAUCAAUUAUGAAUCCAAAGGCUACAACCAGAUAUAUGAGCAGAUCUGGAGGGAUAUGGCUCGCAAGGACAUUCCCAAAGUCUACCGCCUCAAGCAAGUCUCUCACGGCACCAGACAGGAGAACCUUCGCAAGACAGUUCUAUUGGCUAGCAAACAAGCCCGGAAAUGGCAGGAGCGGACCAAUAAGAGCAUGAAGGAUGUUCAAGCCAGAGCCAAACGAGUCAUGCGUGAGAUGAUGUCGUUCUGGAAAAGAAACGAACGUGAAGAGCGUGACCUUCGGCGCAUGGCUGAACGCAAGGAGAUCGAGGACGCGAAGAAAGCUGAGGCCGAUCGAGAAGCCAACAGACAGAAGCGGAAGCUCAACUUUCUCAUCUCGCAAACCGAGAUCUAUUCGCACUUCAUCGGCCGUAAAAUCAAGACGGAUGAGAUUGAACGUGCGACGGACGACCCAGAAUUGGCUGCUGCUGGACCAAAAUCGCCGCCAAAGGCCAACAACUCCCACCUCGACGAUAUGUCGACGUCCGACGAGCACGGCAAUCACAAGGUCACCAAUUUCGAGGACCUCGAUUUCGAUGCUGAAGAUGAUUCAGAAUUACGCAAAGCUGCCAUGGCAAACGCCGCAUCAGCGCUGCAGGAUGCACAAGACAAGGCUAGAAACUUCAAUGGGGAUGAUCCCAUGUCGGCGUUCGAUUCAAGUGACAUGAACUUCCAAAACCCUACAAUGGCAGGAGACGUCCAGGUGACGCAACCAAAGAUGCUACAAGCUCAGCUCAAGGAAUACCAGCUCAAGGGUCUAAACUGGCUGGUCAAUUUGUACGAGCAAGGUAUCAACGGUAUCCUGGCCGACGAGAUGGGUCUGGGAAAGACUGUACAAUCCAUCUCCGUCAUGGGCUACCUCGCCGAACAACACAACGUCUGGGGACCUUUCCUGGUCAUCGCCCCGGCCUCGACUUUGCACAAUUGGCAACAAGAAAUCACCAGAUUCGUUCCAGCCAUCAAAGUCUUACCCUACUGGGGAAGUGCUAAAGAUCGUAAGGUGUUGCGCAAGUUUUGGGAUCGCAAACAUGUCACCUACUCCAAAGAUUCCGAGUUCCAUGUUCUAGUCACAUCUUAUCAACUAGUCGUCCAAGACGCCCAGUAUUUCCAAAAGAUCCGAUGGCAGUACAUGAUUCUGGACGAAGCACAGGCCAUCAAGUCAUCCAGCAGCACACGUUGGAAGAUUCUCCUGGCCUUCCAAUGCCGCAAUCGCCUCUUGCUGACCGGUACGCCUAUCCAGAACAACAUGCAGGAGUUGUGGGCAUUACUCCAUUUCAUCAUGCCUACCCUUUUCGACUCCCACGACGAGUUCAGCGACUGGUUCUCCAAAGAUAUUGAAAGCCACGCCCAGAGUAACACGAAGCUGAAUCAAGAUCAACUCAAGCGAUUACACAUGAUUUUGAAACCCUUCAUGUUGCGUCGUGUCAAGGCACAUGUACAGAAAGAACUUGGAGACAAGGUCGAAAAGGAUGUUUUCUGCGAGCUUACCUACAGACAGCGAGCCUACUAUGCCAAUCUUCGAAGCAAGAUCAGUAUUAUGGACCUCAUCGAGAAGGCAACUGUCGGCGAUGAUCAAGAUACCGCAACACUGAUGAAUUUGGUCAUGCAGUUCCGAAAAGUGUGCAAUCAUCCAGAUCUGUUUGAACGCGCCGACACGACGUCACCUUUUUCCAUGUCGUACUUUGCAGAGACUGCAUCCUUCCUACGCGAGGGCUCAUUCGUUCAGGUUGGCUACUCUGUGCGCAAUCAAAUCGGCUACGACCUACCACGCAUCCUUUGCAAUGAUGUCGGAAGACUCGAUAUUGCAGGCCCGAACAAUACUGCGGCCGGCUUCAAACAGGCCGGUUACAAGGUGGACGGUCUGGGUGGCCUAAUGCGCAUCUGGACUCCGGAAAAUCUGAAGAAGUCUACUGAGGCCGACGGUGCAUUCUCUUUCCUUCGCUUCAUCGAUGAGUCUACAAGCCAAGCUUGCGCUCAGGCCAAUUCAGGCGUGUUUGAGCGUGCGAUGGAGCAGCGCACGCGGUCCCAGAAGCGGCCAGUUGCUGUUUUCGAGGACUCUGAAGAGCCAGUUCGCAACUAUGCUCUGUUCAACAUUGUGCAAAAUGGUCGAAGAAAUGCUUUGGCUGACCUUGACCCCAACUCCCACCUUGGCAGACUUUGCAACAUAUCCAAAGAUGCUUUGGCGGAAGGAGGGUUCUCGAUAUUUGAGCCUGCUGCCGUUCCUAAAGCCGUGGCACCGCCAAUCGAGAUCAGCUCCUUGGACCAGUCUGCAGCAUCUGAGCGCGCUCUGACGUUCUUCAACCCCCGUGUGAGGAAUCUCUUGUACCCGUUGGAUGAAGGCUUUGAGGAGAAUCUCUUGAACCAGGAUGUGGAUCCUGUGGAAUUCCCUCCUUCGGGACUCCUUCCCAAGGCUGAAUCUGAGAAGGCUAGGUUCACCAACAUUGGUGUGCCAUCGAUGCGACGAUUCGUGACGGACUCGGGCAAACUGGCGAAAUUGGACCAACUCCUUCGAGAAUUGAAGAACGGAGGUCACCGAGUGUUGUUGUACUUCCAGAUGACGAGGAUGAUCAACUUGAUGGAAGAAUAUCUAACCUACCGCAAUUACAAGUAUUGCAGACUGGACGGCAGUACCAAGCUCGAGGACCGUCGAGACACGGUGCAUGACUUCCAAACACGGCCAGAGAUCUUUAUCUUCUUGCUGUCUACGCGUGCUGGUGGUCUUGGAAUCAACUUGACUUCUGCAGACACUGUCAUUUUCUAUGAUUCGGACUGGAAUCCAACAAUUGAUUCACAAGCCAUGGAUCGAGCCCAUCGAUUGGGUCAAACCAAGCAAGUCACUGUCUACCGGUUGAUAACACGCGGUACCAUCGAAGAGCGGAUUCGAAAGCGAGCCAUGCAAAAGGAAGAAGUCCAGCGCGUGGUCAUCACUGGAGGGGACGGCGCAGGAGUCGACUUCAACACACGCGACCGGCGCGAGAACCGCACCAAAGAUAUCGCCAUGUGGCUCGCGGAUGACGACCAAGCCGCGCUCAUCGAACAGAAAGAAAAAGAACUGGCGGAAAAACCCGAAGAUGAAAGCAAGGUCAAGAGAACGAAAAAGGCUGCUGCAGCAGCAGCAGCUCGAAGACGCAAGGGUGAAAUGAGCUUGGACGACAUGUAUCACGAAGGCGAAGGACAUUUCGAAGACGCAUCAAACAAACCUUCCGGAGCAGCGACCCCCGUCAGUGUUGCCGAAACUCCAGUAACGAAAAAAGGGCGCGGUGUAUCCAAGAAAGCAAAAACUGCCAAACAACGUCUGGCAAUUGUAGAUGCCGAGGGUGAUUUGGGCAUGGGAGGAUGAUCAGAUGGAUUCCUGAGAGACCAGCUAUCCACCAACCCAGGCUUUCACCCCUUUUUAUUUUUUUGAAUUUCAAUGCACUGCACUAUAAAGUCAGGUGAAUUGAAACGGACGCGACACCUACCUAUCUAGUGUCAUUGCUGUCUGUCUGUCCAGCCGGGGAGGGGAUGGGAAUGCAAAGGAAUGAUUUCUGGAAGGGUUUUUUGGGGAUGUUGUAUUAUUAUUAUAGGAGGGAAAGACAAGACGGUGGUACCUAUUGCAAUGACAAUGGCGAUGGCUGGAUGGUGACGGAUACACACGACUGAACCGACACCGACACCGACACCGACACCGACACCGAC